AGAUUGUGGGAGACAUUUGGAGGUGGUGGCGGGGUUAGUAAUGUCUGUAUAUAGUUAGGGUUAAUAUAAAUCUUAUUAAGGGGAGUGGGUUUCGAAAUUGUGUGUUUUUUGUGAAUCUUUUUAUUUCUUUUCCUCUUCCCCUUUCUUACUGAAUUCUUCUUUAUUGUUUGUUCGUGGAUGGUGCCGUAUUCGAUGGUGCCAGUUUCCAAUAUGCGCACUCGGGCGGCGAUGUUGUAGCUUUGUGGGAGUUUGAAGGAAGCCAGGGACGGUGGUUUGAAGGAAGCCAGUGAAGGGAGUUUGAAGGAGGCCAGUGAAGGGAGUUGUGGGCGAGUUGAAGUAGUUUCUGUUGAUGGUGGUGCUGAGGAUUCUGUGGUGGCAAUUCCAAUUGUUGGAGUCUGGUCGCAAUCCAUGUUGGGGUCGGUUGAUUGUGGAUGAUGGGGUAAUUUCAAAUAUCGCUCGGAGCGCCCUCCGCCCCGGAAUAAAGUUGGGUGGUUUUGGGCUUCCAUAAUGUGAUUAGUACGGACAAUGUUGUC